UAAAUCGGGUCGAUUAUUAACCGUCAAAGACACACCCACUAUUCCACUUGUCAGGCAACAAUGUGUUAACCAGGAAGUCUCGAACUUGAAGGAGGUUUCAGCUUUCAAAAUGAGCAAAAGGAAAGCUAAAUCUUUGAGUGAUACGCCAUCCAUCAAAAACCGCAGAGUGGAAUCUGAGGACUCCCAGAGAGAAGAUACAGUGGAUGAAAGGGAUUCACUCAAAUUCAACGAUCUUUCGAUCGCUCCCACUGGUUCUGGGGAUAUCGGCGUCAUUGAAAGCAUCACCGUAAAGAAUUUUAUGUGUCACCAUUUGCUAGGUCCAUUCCAGUUUGGCCCUCAUGUGAACUUUAUUGUUGGAAACAAUGGAAGUGGAAAGAGUGCCAUCCUGACCGCGCUGAUUGUGGGCCUUGGAGGAAAGGCCACCACCACCAACCGAGGAGUGUCGUUGAAAGGCUUUGUGAAGCACGGAGAGAGCACUGCCGACAUCACAGUGAAACUGCGAAACAGAGGGCCGGAUGCAUACAAACGGGAGGUGUAUGGAGAAUGCAUUUCCAUAGAGCAACGGAUUUCAAGUGAUGGUGUUCGGACAUGUAGAUUAAAGAGCAAAUCAGGGCAUCUAGUUUCAAAUAAAAAAGAGGAAAUGACCGCCAUUUUAGACCACUUCAAUAUACAGGUCGACAACCCUGUCUCAAUUCUCAACCAAGAAAUGAGCAAGCAGUUUCUGCAUUCAAAAAGUGAAUCGGACAAAUACAAGUUCUUCAUGAAAGCCACCCUACUGGAGCAGAUGAAGAGGGACUACAUCCACAUCAAGCACACCAAAGCUAUGACACGCGAGCAGGUGGAGAGGCAGGAGGAGUGUCUUAAAGACCUCAAACAGGAGUUCCUGCAGAAGAAGGAGAGGUAUGAAAACCUGUCAACCCUUGGGGAAAUCAAGACAGUCUUAGAGGACCUGAAGAAGAAGAUGGCUUGGUGCUUGGUCAGAGAGAAGGAGAGGAUAGUAGAGCAGCUACAGGAAGAUGUAGAGUUAGAGGAAAGUAUCCACAAGCACAAAGAAAACCUACAGCUCUGUCAGGAAAAAGUCAGUCAGGCUGAGGAGAAACUCCGGGACAACCAGCAGAACCUUGACAGCCUGAGAGCAGAAGAGGAGUCCUUGUCAGAAGACAGGUUGAAGUUGAAAGGAGAAAAGAAGACAAAGAACAAAGCUCACAAAGAACAAGAGGUGGUUUACAUCCGAGCUCAGAACAAACUGAAACAGUCGGAGAAGGAACAGAGUCUUCUUCAGGAGAGGAUUGAUAAGGCCAAAAAUAUAGGGAGUCAGAACAGUGAGGCAGAGGCAGAGCACACCAAGCGUCUGCAGAAGAUAUCCACUCUGAAGGAACAGCUUGAAAAGCUUGAGAAAGAGUUACCAGAGCUGAAUCAGGGGAUCAAGGACAAGCAGCAGGCGCUUUUCAAGGGAAAGGAGGAGCUGGACAAGUUGAGACUGGAAGAGAAGAACAUACAGGUUUCGUUUGAGGUAAAACUGAAGCGAAAGAACCAGCUGCUGGCCAGUCGCUCCAAUAAACUCAAGAGGUUCGGCGACCACAUCCCCGACCUGCUUGACACUAUAGACAAGGCUCACAGCAAAGGACGCUUCAUCAAGAAGCCCAUUGGCCCCAUAGGGGCAUGCAUCAACCUGAAGGACCCCAUGCUAGCUGUGGCGGUGGAGAGCUGCCUGCGCAGCUUCAUGAAAACCUUCUGCUGCGACAACUACAAAGACGAGUCAGUCCUCCAGGAACUGAUGUCUCUCUAUUUCUCUAAAGGCAGCAGGCCCCAGAUAAUCGUCAGCCCUUUCACAGAGCGAGUUUACAAAACUCAAGGACGUGGAGUCAAACAUCCUGAUUACCCUUCAGUGCUUGACUCCCUCAUCAUAUCUAGUCCAAUCAUCACCAACUGUCUAAUUGACAUGAGGGGCAUAGAAUCCAUUCUGAUCAUCAAAGAGAAGAGUGCAGCCAGGAAAGUGAUGCAGCAAGGCACCCCUCCUAGGAACUGCCGCGAAGCGUUCACUGUGGAAGGAGACCAGGUCUACCCAAACCGCUACUACACCGCAGAGUACAGCAUGGCCAAGUAUCUUGGUGGAGAUCUGGAAACAGAACUACGCAUGGUGGAGUCAGAGUUGGAGAACCACACAGCUCAACUGUCCAGGUUCAAGCUCCACCUGGGCUCUGUGAAGGAGGACAUACAGCACAUGGAGGGCCGGCUGCACAGCAACAUCAUGGCGCUGAAGAAGACUUUGGCUUUGGUGAACCAGGUCAAAGCCAGUUUAACAGAGCUGGAGAACGUUGAGGAGGAGCAGAUCGAUGACAUCAGCUCGUUGGAAGAAGUGGCACAAGAGAACAAUCAGAAAAUUGAAUCCGAAAAACAAACUGUGCAUGAAUCCAAGGAGGUGCUAGACAAACAUGCCAAAGCAGUGAUGGAUAUAGAUAAGCAGUAUUCUGAUAUGAGAGCUAGAUUAGACCAGCUGGCAGAAGAAAUGGACCCUUUAAAGGAAGAGCAGGCCAAGAUGGAGGCAGAGUGUUCCAAACACGAGCGGAACCUGAGUGUUCUGGAGAGCAAGCUAAAAGGUCACCAAGACAAUAUCCAAGCUAUGAGAAUGGAGCUAGCUUCGAAAGAAGAGGAGAUGAAGGAAUAUGUGGCCAAGGCCAAGGAGAUCAGCCAAGAGCGCCAGGACGUGAAUCGCAGUGCCAAAAGCAUCGACACCGAGAUCACACGGUUGAGGAAGAGGAUCAGUGUCCAGGAGAGCAGCCAUGGAGACCAGGAGCAGGUGGUCCGCGAGUAUGCUGAGGCCCUUACCAACUACAGAGACAAGUCCAACCAAGUGAGAGAUCUGAAGAAGUUCAUCGACCGCCUUGAUAACAUCAUGUCUGACAGACAGAACAGAUAUAAAAUGAUGCGCAGGUCCCUCUCUGUGAGAUGCAAGUUGUACUUCAACAACUUCCUGUUCAAGAUGAGCUGCUGUGGCUCCAUGAUGUUCGACCACAACAACGAGACACUCUCAAUAUCGGUUAAACCGCCCGGUCGGGAGAACGACAGCAUGAGCGACAUGCGCUCGCUGUCCGGAGGGGAGCGCUCCUUUUCGACUGUCUGCUUCAUCCUCUCCCUGUGGGAGAUCACCGAGUCCCCCUUCAGGUGCCUGGACGAGUUUGACGUCUACAUGGAUAUGCACAAUCGCAGGAUCUCGUUGGAUCUCCUUCUGGAACUUUCAGAGCGGCAACAUCUUCGUCAGUUCAUCUUCAUCACUCCUCUGACCACAAGUAAUCUACCGAAAAGUAGCCAUAUCAAGAUCCAUCAUCUUCAGGACCCGGAGAGGGAAAGGAGUCACACUGGUGAAGAAGGUUCAGACUAACUGUACAGUAUAACUAUAGUACUAACUGUAGCCUCUCUGGGUGUGAAUAAUUAUAGACUGUAUAAUGCUACAUUUAAUUCUUCAGCAACAAUAACGUGUUUUGAAAAAAGUGUUAUACUGUAUGUGAUAUUUUGGAGUGUCAUGUGUCUUGUAAAGUUUGUUUGUUUUGCUGAUUCGAUUGUAGCUCUGGUUUUAUACUGUUCUUGCCAUACUAUUCAUAUCCUGUAGAAAUCUUUUGUAGAAGUCCAAUUGCCGAAUACAGAGAGAACACAGUACAUGGAUAGACACUGACAGAUUGGAAAUUCUAGUCACAUCUAAACUGUUAUAAUAUUCAUCCAUCCCAUUAACGGCACCUGUGAGACCAUGCCUUUUGAAAAAGCCCAUAUAUAUAUUUUAUUGAUUUUAAUCACUACAUACGUAAUGUAACCAUGUAAUUUAGUGUGCAACACAUGCCACAUGUAUAAAAGAACAAAAGAAAUACGGUCACUUAUGUUUUGAUUUAGAUCUUUCAUAUUCAGUAGAAACAUUUACUAGACAAAGAUUUUGACAUGAAGUUUGGAUUAUAUUGUGCAAACAAUAGACUAAUCGACAAUGUGGGUUUUGGUCUCAAUGAUGCUGUCUCCAUAACUGAGAAGCAGUGUAACUUCCACUGUGCUGUGUUAACUACAAGCAGACCCUCGGCCCAUGCUUGCAUAGCCUGGGAAAGUCAACCUGGAACUGUCAAACGAAAAGUACUAUUUCAAGGUACACGUAGCCCGCUCCGAAACCUUCCUCUCCAACUGACCCGGACAACAGUCGCUGUUGUGUCUCAGUGGCCUUUCUGCAUCCUCAAGAUUCUGAGGAUUUAGUCAAUUAAUUAUAAGAUGAAACUUUCAAUAAAAAGUUGUUUU